CGGACUUCGGCUCGUCCGACGUUCCCGCCCGAAGGCGACUUCGGGUGGGUAGAGCAAAUGAACAUUAGGACAAAUGGGGUGAUCCCGUGUCUUGCCACUCUUGCCUUGUGCUUCGCUUCAUUCAAACCCUGAAACUAUAAAGCCUCGCGACGGUUUUUGAUUUUUCCGUGCCUAUUACCACUAUUGUUUGUUAUCAUUAAGUACAACAGUGCGGGAAAGUUUUUGAGUGGUUGAUUUUUAUAUAAUGAUGGCUUCCACUAUGGAUAAACAAAGGCUCACUGAGGAAGAGCAGCAGGAAAUUACAGAGAGACUAGCCGAGAUUGACAAAAAUAAUGAUGGACAUAUCGACUUAAAAGAACUGAGAGAAGCACUGGAAAUAUGCGGUCUAAAAAUUGCUGGAUACCAGUCAAGAUUGAUAGAAGAAGAAUAUAAAAAUUCCAACAAGACGAAGAUUAACGGAAAGUUAACUUACGAUGAAUUCAUUAAGCUUCUCUGUGAUUUAAGAGCAAAUGAUGUGGCUAACACUUUUAGAACAGCCGUAUCAAAAAGGGAAAACCUUCAACAUUUGGGCGGCACUUCUCAUGCUUCAAAUGACGGGACCACACAUUCUGUAAGGCUAGAAGAACAGCUUGCCUUUUCAGAUUGGAUCAAUUCCAAUCUUCAACAUGAUCCAGAUUUGAAGAAAUUGUUACCCAUCGAUCCAGAGGGUAAACAAUUGUAUGAAAAAGUAAAAGAUGGAAUUCUUUUAUGCAAAAUUAUCAACCAUUCAUGUCCAGAUACAAUCGAUGAACGCGUGAUCAACAAAGGAAAACUUACGCUGUACACAAAAUUAGAAAACUUGACCCUAGCUCUAAACUCAGCCAUAGGGAUUGGAUGCAACGUGAUAAACAUUGAUGCACACAGCUUGGAAAAAGGAACUCCUCAUUUGGUACUGGGGUUGCUAUGGCAAAUUAUUAGAAUUGGUUUAUUCAACCAAAUUACAUUGGAACAUUGCCCUGGAUUGACCACUUUGCUGGGCGAAGAUGAGAAAAUUGAUGAUCUUAUGAAACUCUCUCCAGAAGCAAUACUACUUAGAUGGGUCAAUUAUCAUCUUGAACGAGCUGGUACCCAUAGACGUGUCAAUAACUUCCAAAGUGAUAUCACUGACUCAGAAGUAUAUACAUAUCUACUCAAACAAAUUGCCCCUGCUGACGCUGAAGUUGACAUAAGUGCCUUAAGUGAAAAGGAUUUACACGAAAGAGCUGAAAUUAUGCUUCAACAAGCUGCCAAGUUGAAAUGUAGAUCUUUCGUUACGCCACAGGAUGUUGUCAAUGGAGUCUACAAGCUCAACUUGGCUUUUGUAGCCAAUCUAUUCAAUAACCAUCCAGGCUUGGAGCAGACGAAUGGUGCCAUUGAUGGGUAUGAGACUAUUGAAGAGACGAGAGAAGAAAGAACAUACAGAAACUGGAUCAAUUCCAUGGGAGUUUCUCCUCACGUAAACUGGCUCUACUCUGAUUUGGCAGAUGGACUAGUUGUCUUCCAGUUAUAUGAUAUCAUCAAACCAGGUGUUGUCAACUGGUCCAGAGUUCACAGAAAAUUCGCAAACGAAAGAAAAAAGUUUAUGGAGAAGCUGGAAAACUGCAACUAUGCCGUGGAAAUAGGCAGACAAGUAAAAUUCUCUUUGGUUGGUAUUGGCGGUCAAGAUAUCAACGAAGGAAAUGUAACUCUUACUUUGGCUCUUAUUUGGCAAUUAAUGCGAGCAUAUACCUUGUCAAUCUUGUCCCAAUUGCACGAAUCCGGAAGUCCGAUUGUAGAGAAAGAAAUCGUUGUUUGGGUUAAUACCAAGCUUUCUUCUGCUGGCAAAAAGUCUUCCAUUAGAAGUUUCCAAGAUCCAACAAUUGCAGACGCAAAAGUUGUUAUUGAUCUUAUUGAUGCCAUCAGACCAGGAGCUAUUAACUAUGAUUUAGUUAAAACUGGGGGAACUGAAGAGGAAAACUUGGCAAAUGCCAAAUACGCCAUUUCAAUGUCGCGUAAAGCAGGAGCUAGAGUUUAUGCUUUACCGGAAGACAUUACAGAGGUGAAACCAAAAAUGAUUAUGACAGUAUUUGCUUGUCUGAUGGCUCUAGACUAUAUACCCAACAUGGACAGUGCUAACAGGCAAUAAUAACUAUUUUGUUUAUUUUCAUAUUUUAUCUACUUAUUUGAUUUUUAUGUUUUAGUGUAUAACAUUCCAAAUUCCUUUAGAGCUACAUUUAUAUUCAUUCAUCUAAUACUAAAAAGUUGCUAUUGAUAAGUAUUAUGACUGGAUUCAUGUAAGGUGGCCAGGGCCAAUAGGUACACAUUUACAAGUGUGUCAUUAUGGAGGAUUUGCUUUGAAGUUUGCCAGUGUACCGGUUUAGGCCUUAGAUGACUCCAGUUAUAGUGAUGUGUAUUAGCAUAAAUCAUGGAAUUAUUAUUUAGGUACAUCAAAUUUUUAAUACAGUGAACUUGAAAAGGUUGGAAUAAAUUUAUUACUUAUCGAGGUACUUAAUUAUGCUACCCACAUAUGAAAUACGAUCAGAUUUGUACCUAGAAUCCAAGAAUGGAAUUGAAACGUUGAAAAUCACUUGAUAUUUUGGGCUGCCCACUAUACAUCGAAAUUAGUUUAUAAAAUCGUUUACUUGAUAAAUAAUCACCUGAUUUUUCAUUGAAUAUUUUCCAACCUUUUUGAGGUCUCUGUUUUAUUAUUCCUGGUUAUCUAUAAUCUUGAUUUUUAUUUAUUUAAAUUCGAGUGUAAAUGUAUCAUACUAAUAUUAUGACUGAAUGAAAGUAUUAAAUACAAAAUUUAUAGACAUUCCUUUUUGGGUUAUGGUGCAAUAUUUUUUUUUUUAGUUUGGACUGUUAAACAAUGACAAACGCGGUAAUAUUUGUACAAACCUCCUUAAAUUAUUAUUGUACCUAUUAUUAAAUAAGUUCUUCAAUUUAUUUUCAACUUAUUAAAUAAUUUAUUGAAUAAAUGUCACAAUUAAUUUUUAUUUCUGCAUGUAGGUAUUUUUUGGCUAUGCAAUACCAAUUCAAGUGCCAUUUACAUCAUUUAAGUGUAACGUUAAGAAGUGUAUAAAAUAGGUUUAAAGUAAUAUUUGUACUUUGUGUAAAUUUAUAACUUUUUCCAUGUACACUGGUCAUUUGCUUUAAUAAAUGAAAACGUACGCAGAUUAA